CUUGAUUCAUCUCUUGCCAAGCAGAGCUGGACAAGUGGAUUGCUCGGACAUGAUUGCUAGACGACUACCUAGCACAAACGCACGGAUUACGCGCGAUGUGCUAGACUUUUUCCUGGGUCGUGCAGUGCCCAAACACGUACUUCUUAUUAGUUGUGGUAUGUGUGUCUUCGUGAAGCUUUGUUUCCAUGCUCCCCUGAUGGUGCCUGUGUGUACCCGUACACUAGCUCCUGUAGGUGAGAUUGCAACUCACUGUUCACGCUACAAAAAUUCAACUUUCAGUCAAAUGGUAAGUGCACAGAUCAUGUUUUGA